AUGGUCCCUCCUAAUGACACAGAAUUCCGUCCCUACUGUUUUCUCCUCCUGGGAAUUCCAGGGCUAGAAGAUGUGCAUAUGUGGAUUGGCUUUCCAUUUUGUGUUGUAUAUUUGACUGCCCUAUUGGGAAAUAUUACAAUUCUUUUUGUGAUUCAGAUUGAACAUAGUCUCCAUCAUCCCAUGUUCUACUUCCUGGCCAUUCUGUCAUCUAUUGACUUGGGCCUGUCCACAUCCACCAUUCCUAAGAUGCUUGCCAUCUUCUGGUUCAACCUGAGAGAAAUCACUUUUGAGGGCUUAUCAAUUAUAGCAUUGAUCAUCCUCCUGAGACCCUUGGCCAUUGCAAUCCCCUUUGUUCUGCUCAUCCUCAGGUUAUCCUUCUGUGGACACCACAUCAUCCCCCACACAUAUUGUGAGCACAUGGGCAUUGCCCGCCUGUCCUGUGCCAGCAUAAAGGUCAACAUCAUCUAUGGAUUAUGUGCCAUUUCUAUCCUGGUGUUUGACAUCAUAGCCAUCAUCAUCUCCUAUGUCCAGAUCCUCCAUGCAGUCUUCCACCUACCUUCCAAGGAUGCCCGACUGAAGGCACUCAGCACUUGUGGCUCCCAUGUCUGUGUCAUGUUGGCUUUCUAUACUCCAGCAUUUUUCUCCUUCAUGACCCACCGCUUUGGCCAAAAUGUGCCUCAAUACAUCCAUAUUCUUCUUGCCAACUUUUAUGUUGUCAUCCCACCUGCUCUCAACCCUGUUAUUUAUGGGGUGAGAACUAAGCAGAUAAGAGAAAGGAUAAUUAGAACUUUCAAGAAUAAACUAUGA